AUGAUGAAAAGGCUUCUCACUUUCUUUCAUAGGAAAGGCUUUGUUUCUCUUACCACGAGGAAACCUUACUUUCAAUGGAGAUGUCUUUCUUACACUACCGACCAUCCUUUGGAAUACCCUUCGAUGGAGCGUACUUUAGCUUCAAUGCACUCGAUUGCUUUCAACCCGUGUUUUGCUCUUCUGGGUCUUUGCAGAAACAUCGAUUCUCUCAAGAAAGUCCACGCCUUGUUCAUUAUAAAUGGCCUUAAAGGUGAUCUUUUAUGUGACACCAAGUUGGUUAGCCUGUACGGAUUGUUUGGGCACGUUGGUUAUGCCCGGUUAGUGUUUGAUCAAAUUCCUGACCCAGAUUUUUAUUCCUGGAAAGUGAUGAUCAGAUGGUACUUUUUGAAUGAUUUGUGUAUGGGGAUUAUUGGGUUUUAUGCUCGCAUGAGAAUGAGUGUUAGUAUGUGCGAUAAUGUCGUCUUUUCGGUUGUGUUGAAGGCGUGUAGCGAAAUGCGGGAUAUUGAUGAAGGGAGGAAAGUGCAUUGCCAGAUUGUUAAGGUAGGGAAUCCUGAUAGUUUUGUUCGAACUGGUCUGGUUGAUAUGUACGCUAAAUGUGGAGAAAUUGAAUGUUCUCGUAAGGUUUUUAGUGAAAUUAUUGAUAGAAAUGUGGUUUCGUGGACUUCGAUGAUUGCAGGGUAUGUACAAAAUGAUUGUGCUAAAGACGCGUUGGUUUUGUUUAAUAGGAUGAGAGAAGCAAUGGUUGAGGGUAAUGAAUUCACGUUAGGGAGCUUGGUGAGUGCUUGCGGAAAGUUAGGGGCUUUACAUCAGGGGAAGGUGCAUGGAUAUGUUAUUAAGAGUGGUAUUGAACUUAAUUCCUACUCGGUGACUGCUCUUUUAGAUAUGUAUGUUAAGUGUGGCAGCAUAAGAGAUGCCCUCGUAUUUGAUGAGCUUUCUACUGUUGAUCUUGUCUCAUGGACAGCAAUGAUUGUUGGAUAUUCUCAGAGUGGAUUUCCUGAUGAGGCUUUGAAGUUGUUUAUUGAUAAGAAAUGGUUUGGGAUAUUGCCCAAUGCCGUUACCAUUGCAAGUUUGCUUUCAGCAUGUGCACAGUUGAGCAAUUUGAGUUUUGGAAGGUUAGUUCAUGCUUUGGGGAUUCAGCUUGGACUUAAGGAUUCGACAGUCAUAAAUGCUCUAAUGGACAUGUAUGCCAAGUGCGGAAUGAUUAGAGAUGCUAGGUACAUAUUUGAGACAGUCUCAGACAAGAAUUUAAUUGCCUGGAAUUCAAUCAUUUCUGGUUAUUCGCAAAAUGGGUCUGCAUAUGAAGCCCUUGAACUGUUUCAUCAAAUGAGGUCAAAAUCUGUAUCACCUGAUGCAGUCACAGUGGUUAGCAUCUUCUCAGCCUGAUCACUUGGUGCUCUCCAAGUUGUCUCUCUUCAUGCUUACUCAUAAAAGGUAGCCUAUUCAUCACUAGUUUAAUAUGUUGGCACUGCACUUUUGAAUCUCUAUGCCAAAUGUGGGGAUUCUAAAUCUGCGCGUGCCAUAUUUGACAGUAUGGGAGAGAAAAACACUGUCACAUGGAGUGCAAUGAUUGGUGGUUAUGGAAUUCAAGGGGACAGUAGUGGGUCCCUUGCACUUUUUAAUGAUAUGGUUAAGGAAAACGUGGAACCAAAUGAAGUAAUCUUCACAACCAUUUUAUCUGCCUGUAGCCAUACAGGGAGUCUUGGGGAAGGAUGGAAAUAUUUUAAUUCGAUGUGCCAGGACUAUAACUUUGUCCCUUCUAUGAAGCAUUAUGCAUGCAUGGUUGAUAUGUUGGCCCGUUCUGGAAGGCUUGAAGAAGCCUUGGACUUUAUUGACAAAUUGCCUAUUCAACCAGACCUUAGCUUGUUUGGAGCUUUUCUUCAUGGAUGUGGACUCCAUUCAAGGUUUGAUCUUGGAGAGGUGGCUAUCAAGAAAAUGCUAGAUUUACUUCCUGAUAGAGCUUGUUAUUAUGUGCUUAUUUCUAACUUGUAUGCCUCGGAUGGAAGAUGGACUCAGGUUAAUCAGGUGAGAGAGUUGAUGAAGCAUAGAAGAUUGAGCAAGGACCCUGGUUGUAGCAUCACGGAGAUGGAUACUUAUAAAGACCUUUCAUAUUCUAGAGUAGCAUAUCUUGCUUAGUCUUUUACAUGCAUGUUGGAGUCCAUUGGAUCUUACUGAAAAAAUGGAGGCAAUCAGGAACUGCAUUGAAUUUAUGGAGAUGAAUGUAAGGUUCUCUUAAGGACAGGUUGAAUUCUGGAUGUUGGUUUGCAUUAGAAACUUGCCCAGAACUUGUUGCUUCAAGUUGAAAAUGUCCUGAGUACGGAUUUCGAUUAGCUUGGAUCUUCAUGGAUACAUUUGUCUUAGAUUUAGGCACUGAAACUCAUGGCCCAAAAUUAAAGAACUGAUAGAGAAGAUGAUUGUUGGAAGAUUCAUUGUGGAUAAUUUUCUGGCAUUUACUCCUCUAAACAUGACCAUGAAGAGCUUGCUGUUUCAGCAGUUGUCAAGCUUGUAAAAUUGUUUUGUAUUGCUGCACCCAUGGAUCUCUGUAGACAUCUUAACAAGAGGGAACUUGAGAUGUUAUGCAACAUCAAUAGUCUAUCACUGAGAUGGUGGUGCAGUGUGCAAGAGGGUCCUUGUGACCGUGUGUUUAAUAGGUGGGACUCCUAUAAUGCAACGAAUGUUGAUUCCAGUGAUGCACAAAUCUGGAAUUAUGUUCAGUUCUCACAGGGUUAGAUCCAUUCUUCAGGUGACUUUUCCAUCCCAUAGUUCUUUCUUUGUGUAAUUUUUUGAGUAGUGACCCAGGGUUGGCAUCAUAUCUGCCCUAGCCCCUUUCACUUGCUAAGAUGAUGAUAUAAUCUUAUUUAGAAUGCACAGAAGGAUACAGAAGGGAUCAUCUUUACAUCACAUGUAGCACCUAUCCUGGUUGCAUGGUAUAACUGAACAAUCGAUAGGAAUCAUGCUGUACCCAUUGCCAAUUAUGUAUAACACAGAGCUCGAUCUACGGAGGUAGGGUGAGAUGAUCUACUCAAGUAGGUUCUUCCAAAUGUAGUAAAUCUUUUGAUUCUUUUGGUUGGAAAAUGCAGAACAUCUGAACAGCUUAGGUCUACUUAAUAAGCUCGCUUCAUAGCUAUGUUAACUGUAAAGGAAGUGCUGAUACAUGUCAAAACAUCUGGUAUUAGUUUACUGAUUCUCUGUACUAAGUUCAAAUUAUCUGUAGCAGGGUAACAACUUAGGUGCACAGCAAUUGCUCUGUGCUUGAUUCUUUGUGUUAAUUUUUAUUAAAGAAUGCAAAGAUCUAUGAGAUGACUUGUGUAGUUAUCAACUGUUAUUUGAUUA